AUGGUACUAUCAUUCGUCAAGUCUCUCACGUCACUCUCCUUGCUCGCUGUGUGCGUCCAGAGCAUGGCAGUGCACAUCUCUUCUCUCCAUGCCAGAGACAAUGAGCAGUCCCUCUACAGCAGAGCCCAUGCACUGGGCAAGGAGAUACGAGACACUUGGCCUGAAUCUACUCGUUCCCUCAAUGCCAGGCAGGCCGGGGCAUCCAGCCUACCCCAAUAUCUCUGGGAUAACAACCCAGACCUUGUCGACAGAUUCAUGAACAACUCCUUCCAAGACUACCAUUAUCUGAUUGACUACACCCAGUACAAGUCUAUCAAAAUGGGAUCGUUCCCCAUCGUCAACACCAGUGACCUCUUAUCGGUUGUUGGAAAACAGGCGUUAUCGAUUGAAGAAUAUGUGGAUUACACUAAAGAUUUCAAACGUGAGAUGAUCGAUGACCUUAAAAUACCCGCCGAUACCAUUGAUAACUGCGAGCGAAACUCUGCUGAAGCUGGGUACGCAAACUGGCUGCAGAGAAACAGUCAGCUGGAUUGGUAUACCAUGAAUGUGAUGAUUAUUCCGUGCAUUUGGGGAUGGCCACGUCUUGCACAAAGCUUGCAAAACAACGACCAAACAUUGACUGGAAUCUUGUUUUAUAACUACUGGAUCAGUGAAAAUAAUAGCACCUCCUAUGCCGAUGAACUGGAAGCUACUCUGAACUGGUACCACGACCAAUAUGAUUCCCCUAUUAACAGAAAGAUUUGGAACGCAGUCUUCCGCCAGGCCUUGAAGUUCGAGAUUAGUUUGUUUGAAAGUGCAAAUGGAAUGAAGCCGGAUGACUGUCUCUCAUCCAAUUAA